AUGUACGAUGGAAUGGACAAGCCGUUAUUUGGCGAGGCAAGGCCCAGGGUAUGUGCAAUUUCGCAAUGUUUUGGAGUCGUAAAUGCGCGGAAGUGUUUAACAGAGAGGUCACGAGCUUUUGCCAUACGACUAAUUGCGUGCAAUAAAAAACUCCGGUAAAAUAACGAAAAGUUACCGUUUAUUGUGACGGGAGUACAUACUUUAUAUCGACGUCCAAUAACUGGGCCAAAAAAAAUACCAGAGUGUUUGUUGUGCCAAAGGGGCUAAUUACAUGUAAGCUUAUGAAUCGAUAUUCCGCUAAAUAGUAUAUCCUUUCAUAGUAAUAAUUUCUUUGUUUACUGGAAGUUAGUGAUUUGAGCAAAACUUGUGUGCACCUUUAUUUUCUCAUGUAAAGUAGGGAAAUUCUGACGAAAACAAGCCGAUUUAUCAAAUUUAUUUUUUUAUACUGGUAGUUUAUAUUAUUUGAUACAAGAAUUUGUUGUCAAUUGCCACUUCAGUGUUACUAAAUAAGUGGCAUACAUGUGAGUUGACCUCAGAUUUAUGAAGAAUUAUUUUACCAGAGCAAUAACAUUAAUUUCGUACUGUGAAUGUUAGAUGCAAUUGUAAAAUUAUGCUAUUAAACUUUUUUUUCUUCGCUUUUCGUGAAAGGUUGCUUGUAAUGCGGGCUAUACUUCAACACAUCCUGCUCAUUAACAUUGUUUUCUGUUGUUUGUUAAAUUUUACUUUUUAUUGACUUGUUGUUCCUCUGUGUUGGCAGGAUCGAUACUUGAAUUAUUUCAUUGGAGGUGCUACCGUCAUUUUAGUUUCUGUAAGUACUAUCCUAGGCCAGAAAAGCAAAACACUCAUGUAUUGUAUCCUCAUUUUUCAAAAGAUACAAGUAACAUACACUGUAUCAGUAGAUGAACCAUUAAAAUGUAAAUGUAUUACACUAGUUUAUGUGUUAAGUCAGCAAUAAUUUUGUUUUGCGAUAGACCAUUUUACAGUUGUGGACUUAGUACCCUAGCCUUCGGGUGAAUGUGAGGCUGAGGGUGGCCUUGUUUUGAUACAAACCUCCUUUGCUUUGUUAUGGAAAUUGUCCUUGAAAAAAUACUGGUUAGCAUAAGAAUAACUUGAUUAACAUAGUAAAGCAGGAAGGUUUGUAUCAAAACAAGGUCACCGUCAGCCAUCCAUAACUGUAAAAUGGCCUAUUCUUGAGUCUCAUAAUGCAAGCCACUCAAAUCUUGAGUCGCAUUCAGAUAUACCGCUUUAUUAAAGAGCCAGCUGCUAGCUAAUUUUACUGAUUGAAAGAGAGUUUGUCACUGGCUUAAAUUAUUCUGGAAAACAAAACCACGGAGUAAUUGACUAAUAAAUAUCACGUGUAAAGCCUUGUUGGUUCCUUAGUUUUUCAGUCCUAAACAUGAUAAUAUUUUAUCCUUCUUUUCCAGGAGACGCUUAUUAGUUCAUUGAUUUUCCCGGACUUUCCUCCUGCUGCCAUAAAUGUAUUUCUUGCCUUUAUUAUUGCAUUAAUCUGUGUAUCAGAACUUACGCUGGUGAGUAGAAUCAAUAAGGAAAAUUUGAAAGCAAUUGAUAUUUACUUACAUGUAGCAGAUACUUUUCCCAGUAAUCUGACUGGUCAACUUUGUCUAAGUAGCCCCGGGUUACAGUAGUCGCACCGUAUAAACUGCCAGAAAACUGCUACAUUACCAGGUCAAACUUCUCAAGAUUACUCAAGACAGAUCCUUGCUAUAAUGAAGUUCAUACCAAGACCAAGACCUAGAUUGUAUACCAAGGCCUACGGAGAUAGAGCAUGCACUGUUCAUGCACCAAGAGAAUGGAACUUAAUACUCUAUGAAAUUCGGAAUUCCAACACCAUCUCGAGUUUCAAAAGAUCACUUAAGACAUACUUGUUUACUAAAUUCUGUAAUAACAGAUCAUUGUUUCUCAGGGGCGGAUCUAGGGGGAGGGUGCAGGGGGUGUGCACCCCCCCCCCUAAGAUGACCUGCGGUUUUCUAAUACAACUGGUAUUUUGCAAAAAAAAAAAAUUNUUUUUUCCUUUUUUUUACUCAUUAUAAAUAUAAUUAGGAUAUGGCUGUAAAUUUGUAAAUAUUUAUCAAUAAUGUUUUUUACAUGACUGUAAAGCUCCUUGAACAUAGGAUAAGAGCGCUAUAGAAAUAAAGUUAUUUAUUUAUUUAUUUAUUUUAUUUAUACCUAUAGCAGAAAAGUCAUAUGCAGCAUUUUGCCCUCCUUGCUAAUCCAAAUUCAUCUUCUUGACAAGUGGUCUCUUUUCUUUUCUUUCCAGAUAUAUUGGUACAGACAAGGUGAUGUUGAUCCCAAGUUUAGAAAGAUGAUUUACUUCAACUCAUUCACAACUGUUUUGCUUUGCAUAUGUGCAAAUGUUUACUUUCACAAAAAAUGGACUAAUUGUCCUGACAAUAGCUGA